AUGUUGCAAACACAACUACCAGCGGCCCCGAUACGCGCUGGACCCCCAUCGCAGACUGUCGAAACGGAUCUGCCACCAGCCAGACCAACAGCGCCGGAUCCAUCACAUCGAUUUUACAGAUCGAUGGACAGCGUCAGCCGAGCCGACUCACCAAACCCCACAGAACCAGUAUCGACAAACGAAGACGAAUCCCAAGCCUCCAUCGAAGACACCAGAAGAGGAGCCCUACACACCCUCUCACUCUGCCAAAGUGUCAUCACGACGCUUGAACUCACCCGCCUCCGCAAGUCCCGAACAGGCGUCUUCUACUGGCUCGCCUUUUGGGAGCGACUCUAUCCACGGGCCUUCGCACGCUCCCUUGGCUCACGAGUCAAUGCCGCCCUCACCAAAGUCGACAUCCUAUUCCGCACCGUAGCAAACGAACUCCACCAGCUCACCCUGCGAAUGGAGUACGCCAUCGCGCACGCCCCGACUGAGAAAGACAUUCUGCUUAUACUGGAACAAAUGGAAGACGAAGUCGGCGUGCGACGCAGACGCAGACGCAAGAAGGCGCAAGCCAUCUUGAACAAAAUGCGCGUGCAUAUCGAGGGCAUCCCGGUCAAGGUGAGCGAUGAGCUCUUCGAUGACAUGAAGCGGGGUGUGUUUGCUUUAGACGUCUUCUGCGACUAUCAUCCUGGAGAUCCGGUGGCGGAGGAGCACGAGACCAUGUGGCCUGAGUAUUUUGUUCAGCAGUCGGGUAUGGGCAUGGUUGCUGUCUCGCCUUAUCUUUAUCGCCAGUGGCAGCAAGAGGCGGCAUCGGCAGCGUCGGGGUCCUAUAUGCCUUUGACGAGUUAUACAGGGAAUAAUGCUGAGGUUGAGUAUCUAGAGGAAGAAUAUCAUGGGGCUGACAAUUGGAGGCCUGAUGGUAGUCGGUCGGCGAGGCGUUGGUGA